AUGACCUCACCCCAUUUCCCAAAUCAUGGUGAGGGUCACCUAGAUGUCAGCAUGGCAGCCACAAACCUAGAGAACCAGCUGCAUAGCGCACAGAAGAACCUGCUGUUCUUGCAGAGGGAGCAUGCCAGCACACUCCAGGGGCUGCACGCCGAGGUCCGGCGGCUCCAGCAGCACUGCACAGACCUAACCUAUGAGCUGACACUCAAAAGUUCUGAACAGACAGGGGAUGGAGCGUCCCGAAGCAGCGAGCUGCGGCAGAGGUGUGACGAGCUGGAGGCCCAGCUCCGGGCGCAGGAGGAGGAGAACCGCGAGCUGCUGGCCGAGCUGGAGCAGAAGAACGCCAUGAUCCUGGUGCUGGAGAACACGGUCAAGGAGCGCGAGCGCAAGUACCUGGACGAGCUCAAGGUCAAGAGCCACAAGCUGAGCCUGCUCUCGGCCGAGCUGGAGCAGCGGGCGGGCACCGUGGCCUACCUGACGGCCCAGCUGCACGCCGCGCGCAAGAAGCUGCUGCAGGGCGCCGGCCCCGAGGCCAGCCCGGCGGGCAGCCCGUCCGCGCAGCGGCCGCUCGCCAGCUACAAGCCCGCGCCGCCCAAGGACAAGCUGCCCGACACGCCGCGCCGCCGCAUGAAGAAGAGCCUGUCGGCGCCGCUGCACCCCGAGUUCGAGGAGGUCUACAGGUUCGGGGCCGACGGUCGCAAACUGCUCCUGCGGGAGCCGCUGGACGCCAUGCCCGACCCCACCCCGUUCCUGCUGGCCCGGGAGUCGGCCGAGGUCCACCUGGUCAAGGAGCGGCCCCUGGUCAUCCCGCCCAUCGCCUCCGACCGCGGCGGCGGGGGCGCGGCCAGCGAGCAGCCCAGCCCGGCGCGUGACAGGAAGGCGCACGUGGGGGUGGCGCACCGCAUCCAGCACGCGGCGCCCCCGCCGCCGGCCGAGGUGGAGACGCUGGCGGUGGACCAGGUGAACGGGGCCGAGGCCGCGCGCAAGCACUCAGGCACGGACAGAACUGUGUGA